AUGCCUGUUAUUAAAGAAGUAAGAUCGUCGGAUGAGGAAGAUUCGUUUCCAUUUUCGCAAACUCAAAGAUUUACCAAAUCGGGAAAUGCAGCUGCUAAUACUAGCGCUUUGAAUCACUCAAGUCAAAUGAAAAUGCAACAACGAAAUAAAAUAAAUGAACCCCAUCUUAAACUCAAUCUCAAUGCUAUCAACAGUGGCGAGGAAGAUACUACUUAUGAUUCGGAUGAAUAUACGAAAAGAAGUACACAGCGAAGCGAGUCUGCUUUAUCAAAUACUCCUACACCAAAAGCACGUUCUUUUCGAAAGAGUAGUAUAAACAUUGAGAAGAACGAAAGCCCAAGCACACCAACUCGAAAACAGGAUACCGAUAAAAAAUCUCCCAUUCAUUCACCAUCGUACGGCUUUGAUGCCGAUAAAAAUAUAUCUGGCUCCAGAAUGAAAAGCCCGAGAAAUUCAAAAGUAACUAUUCAGGAGACAAUUAAUGAAAAUAAACAAGAUUCGCGUUCGCCCGAGGCGGAUAUAAUCGAAAGUCAUCGUCGCCCAUCAAUUAAAACAAGACAACAAAAUGAAGUAGAUAAAUAUAGCAGUCGGAAAAGUAGUAUAAUAGAGAAAAAUGAUCGUGAUAAUAACGAUAUAGUGGCAGAUGAAUCUUUUCAGUCAAAACGUGUUGUUGAUGGUUCUAAAGCACAAAAGCGAAUGUCAAACGAUACUAUUACUGAUAUUACCAAACGAGACUAUGAACAUGUAAGAGAGUUGUAA